GAAAGUUGAACACCAGACGGGCUGCGGCGUUCUGGAUGAGUUGUAGGGGUUUAAUGGCACAGGCAGGGAGCCCAGCCAACAGCGAGUUGCAGUAAUCCAGACGGGAGAUGACAAGUGCCUGGAUUAGGACCUGCGCCGCUUCCUGCGUGAGGCAGGGUCGUACUCUGCGAAUGUUGUAGAGCAUGAACCUACAGGAACGGGUCACCGCCUUGAUGUUAGUUGAGAACGACAGGGUGUUGUCCAGGAUCACGCCAAGGUUCUUAGCACUCUGGGAGGAGGACACAAUGGAGUUGUCAACCGUGAUGGCGAUUAUGUGAAUUAUGUUCUCAGAUCUACUUAGCUAGCUGUCUGGGUGUCAGCGUUUCAGAGAAAGUUCAACCAUCAUUUCCCCCCGGGAAUGCUGUGCCAUGUUGUAGUGUCCCUAGAGCUGUCAGUCAGUGUCAUACAGGUUGAUUGCAUCACUAUCAGAAUAAAAUUAUAUGACACCAAGGUAAAAGGCAGUAACUGUAGCCAAGGGCAGGUUAAAACCAAGCUAAAGGGCAGUAAGUUCAGUUACUAAUAUGACCCCAGUUUUCUCCAAAACACAACACAAUAGAGGCAGGAUACUUGUCCACGUGAUUAAGCAUGUAGUUAAUGUAGCACAAAUUACAUGAACUAAUUCUCGACCAAAUGAGCAGCUACUGCCAUUUUGCUUGGUCGGGCAUUAUAGCUGCUUUGUGUGAAGGCCUAUGUUUCAGCCCAGCACGAAUACAUGUACGUGAUUCACCUAAGUAAGACAUUGAUUAUGAGAUCACUAGUCGAAUCAGGUGUGUUUGUGCUGAGCUGAGCUGGAACACAAGCAUGUACACCAGGUAGGUCCCCAGGACCAGCAAUGAAGAACAUACAGAGCCACACAUAAACAAAAUGAUAUGCUCUUAUAAUCAAGAAAUUAUACAAUCUAGACUUCACUUUUGUUGAGGAUGCACAAUGUCAGUAAACCAGUCUUAAAGGGACAGAGGGAUUGUUUUUGUUACCCUGUAAGUAGUAUAUGGUCUAUAAAGUGGUGCUGGAGCGCCAGUAGGAGGCACUCUUUUCUCUGGUCUAAAAAAAUAUCCCAAUGCCCCAGGGAAGUGAUUGGGGACUUUGCCCUGUGUAGGGUACCGUCUUUUGGAUGGGAUGUUAAACGGGUGUUCUGACUCUCUGUGGUCACUAAAGAUCCCAUGGCACUUAUUGUAAGAGUAGGGGUGUUAACCCCGGUGUCCUGGCUAAAUUCUGAUAUGGCGGCGGCGGUGAUGGCUGACGUUUUACGGGCUACUAACCAAUAACUUCUUUUGUACAUAAUGUUUCUGCCACAAUCUCUUAUGACCGAAAAGAGCCUCUGGAUAUCAGGACAGCAAUUACUCACCUCAUACAGGACAAAUAUUUUUUCUUUAAUGAGUCGGACGCAAAGUAUUUACUUCAGACACCCGACAAGGCCCAAAUCCCUGUCAUUUGCAUGAAGAACAGACAGAGAUAUAGGGGACGUAGGUCGUGGUGCCUUGUAAGGAUCCAACGGCGAGUGAGUAAUCUGCCUUUACCAUCAGUCCUAUUAGCCUACGUGCAAUCAUUGGAUAAUAAAAUGGAUGAGCUCCGAUCAUGACUAUCCUAUAACGAGACAUUAAAAACUGUAAUAUCUUAUGUUUCACCGAGUCGUGGCUGAACGACGACAUGGAUAACAUACAGCUGGAUGGGUUUUCCGUGCAUCGGCAAGAUAGAACAAAUGCCUCCGGUAAAACAUUGGGAGGCUGUAUGUGUCUAUUUGUAAGUAACAGCUGGUGCACGAAAUCUAAUAUUAAGGAAGUCUUGAGAUUUUGCUCACCUGAGGUAGAGUAUCUCAUGAUAAGCUGUAGACCACACUAUUUACUAAGAGUUUAUCUAUAUUUUUCAUAGCUGCCUACUUAUCACCACAAACCGAUGCUGGCACUAAGACGGCACUCAACGAGCUGUAUAAGGCCAUAAGCAAACAAGAAAAUGCUCAUCCAGAGGUGGCACUGCUAUUGGCUGGGGAAUUUAAUGCAGGGAAACUUAAAUCCGUUUUACAUAAUUUCUACCAGUAUUUUACAUGUGCAACCAGAGGAAAAACAACUCUAGACCACCUUUACUCCACACACAGAGACACGUACAAAGCUCUCCCUCGCCCUCCAUUUGGCUAAUCUGACCAUAACUCUAAAAACUAAAGCAGGAAGUACCAGUGACUCGCUCAAUAACGUGGUCAGAUGACGCAGUAUGCUAAGCUACAGGACUGCUAGCACAGACUGGAAUAUGUUCCGGAAUUCUUCCAAUGGCAUCAGUCACUGGUUUCAUCAAUAAGUGCAUCAAUGACGUCGUCCCCACAGUGACCGUACAUACAUACCCCAACCAGAAGCCAUGGGUUACAGGCAACAUCCACACUGAGCUAAAUGAUCCUCUAUGCCCUCGUGAACCAUCAAACAGGCAAAGCGUCAAUACAGGACUAAUAUUGAAUCGUACUACACCGGCUCCAGCGCUCGUCGGAUGUGGCAGGGCUUGCAAACUAUUACAGACUACAAAGCGAAGCACAGCCGUGAGCUUCCCAGUGACACGAGCCUACCAGAUGAGCUAAAUAACUUCCCUGCUCGCUUCGAGGCAAGCAACACUGAAGCAUGCGUGAGAGCAUCAGCUGUUCCCGACAACUGUCUGAUCACGCUCGCCGUGGCUGAUGUGGGUAAGACCUUUAAGCAGGUCAACAUUCAACAUCCGGAAUACCAGGACGUGUUUUCGGAGCAUGCGCUGAACAACUGGCAAGUGUCUUCACUGACAUUUUCAGCCUCUCCCUGACCGAGUCUGUAAUAGCAACAUAUUUCUAGCAGACCACCAUAGUCCCUGUGCCCAAGAACACCAAGGUAACCUGCCUAAAUGGCUACAGACCCGCAGCACUCACGUCUGUAGCCAUGAAGUGCUUUGAAAGGCUGGUCAUGGCUCACAUCAACACAAUUAUCCCAGUAACCCUAGACCCAAUCCAAUUUGCAUACCGCCCGAACAGAUCCACAGAUGAUGCAAUCUCUAUCGCACUCCACACUGCACUUUCCCACAUGGACAAAAGGAACAUCUACGUGAGAAUGCUAUUAAUUGAAUACAGCUCAGUGAUUAAUACCAUAGUGCCCUCAAAGCUCAUCACGAAGCUAAGGACCCUGGGACUAAACACCUCCCUCUGCAACUGGAUCCUGGACUUCCUGACGGACUGCCCCAAGGUGGUACGCAUCUGCCACGCUGAUCCUCAAUACGGGGCCCCCUCAGGGGUGAGUGCUCAGACCCCUACUGUACUCCCUGUUCACCCAUGACUGCAUGGCCAAGCACAACUCUAACACCAUCGUUAAGUUUGCCGACAAUACAACAGUGGUAGGCCUGAUCCUCAACAAUGAUGAGACUAUAGGGAAGAGGUCAGAGACCUGGCAGUGUGGUGCCAGGAUAACAACCUCUCCCUCAAUGUGAUCAAGACAAAGGAGAUGAUUGUGGACCACAGGAAAAGGAGGACCGAGCACAAUCCCAUUCUCAUCGACGGGGCUGUAGUGGAGCAGGUUGAGAGCUUCAAGUUUGUUGGUAUCCACAUCACCAACAAACUAUCAUACUCCAAUCAAGCCAAGACCGUCGUGAAGAGGGCACGACAACGCCUAUUCCCCCUCAGGAGAUGAAAAGAUUUGGCAUGGGUCCUCAGAUCCUCAAAAAGUUCUUCAGCUGCACCAUCGAGAGCAUCCUGACUGGUUGUAUCACCGCCUGGUAUGGCAACUGCUCGGCCUCCAACUGCAAGGCACUACAGAGGGUAGUGUGUAUGACAGCAAUGCAUGCUUUGUUUUUUUCCCCCUAGCACUGUUUCCAUAUGCUAACAUUUUAGCAUUUGUGGCACAAAUCCUAUUCACGUCCUGGUACCGAUAUUAGCAUUUAUCCCACAUCUUGUUCAAAUCAUCAACAGUUGAAGUUGUACAUACACCUUAGCAAAAUACAUUACAUCUCAUUUUUCCAUAAUUCCUGACAUUUAAUCCAAGAAAAAAUUCCCUGUUUUAGGUCAGUUAGGAUCCCCACUUUAUUUUAGAAUGUGACAUGUCAGAUUAAUAGUAGAGAGAAUGAUUUAUUUCAGCUUUUGUUUCUUGCAUCACAUUCCCAGUGGGUCAGAAGUUUACAUACACUCAAUUAGUAUUUGGUAGCAUUGCCCUUAAAUUGUUUAUCUUGGGUCAAACGUUUCGGGUAGCCUUCCACAAGCUUCCCACAAUAAUUGGGUUUUGGCUCAUUCCUCCUGACAGAGCUUGUGUAAUUGAUUCAGGUUUGUAGGCCUCCUUGCUCGCACACACUUUUUCAGUUCUGCCCACAAACUUUCUAUAGGAUUGAGGUCAGGGCUUUUGUCACGAUCGUCUUCGUGAGAGAGAGUGGACCAAGGCGCAGCGUGUGCAAAAUACAUCUCUUUUAUUUUAGAGAAGGGAAAAAACAUGCAACGAACACUAUUACAAAAACGAAAACAAAACAACAAACGAUCGUGAAGCUAAAUACGUAAGUGCAACCACAAGCUACAAACGUACAACAUAGACAACACCCCACAAAAGCCUACUGCCUAUGGCUGCCUUAAAUAUGGCUCCCAAUCAGAGACAAUGAAUGACAGCUGUCUCUGAUUGAGAACCAAUCUAGGCAGCCAUAGACAUAACUAGACAACAUUACUCUACUCUGCCCCAUACACAUACAACACCCCUAGACACUACACAACACAUACAUUCCCCAUGUCACACCCUGACCUAACUAAAAAACAUAAAGAAAACAAAGAAUACUAAGGCCAGGGCGUGACAGCUUUGUGAUGGCCACUCCAAUGUCUUGCCUUUGUUGUCCUUGAGCCAUUUUGCCACAACUUUGGAAGUAUGCUUGGGGUCAUUGUCCAUUUAGAAGACCCAUUUGCGACCAAGCUUUAACUUCCUGACUGAUGUCUUGAGCUGUUACUUAAAUAUAUCCACAUAAUUUUCCAUCCUCAGUAUACCAUCUUUUUGUGAAGUGCACAAGUCCCUCCUGCAGCAAAGCACCCCCACAACAUGAUGCUGCCUCCCCAGUGCUUCACGGUUGGGAUGGUGUUCUUCGGUUUGCAAGCGUCCCCCCUUUUCCUUCAAACAUAACGAUGGUCAUUAUGGCCAAACAGUUCUAUUUUUGUUUCAUCAGACCAGAGGACAUUUCUCUAAAAAGUACGAUGUUUGUCCCCAUGUGUUGUUGCAAACCGUAGUCUAGCUUUUUUAUGGCGGUUUUGGAGCAGUGGCUUCUUCCUUGUUGAGCAGCCUUUCAGGUUAUGUCGACAUAGGACUCCUUUUACUGUGGAUAUAGAUACUUUUGUACCUGUUUCCUCCAGCAUCUUCACAAGGUCUUUUGUUGUUGUUCUGGGAUUGAUUUGCACUUUUCGCACCAAAGUACGUUCGUCUCUAGGAGACAGAACGCAUCUCCUUCCUGAGUGAUAUGAUGGCUGCGUGGUCCCAUGGUGUUUAUACUUGCGUACUAUUGUUUGUACAGAUGAACGUGGUACCUUCAGGUGUUUGGAAAUUGCUCCCAAGGAUGAACCAGACUUGUGGAGGUCUCCAAUUCUUUUCAGAGGUCUUGGUAGAUUUCUUUUGAUUUUCCCAUGAUGUCAAGCAAAGAGGCACUGAGUUUGAAGGCAGGCCUUGAACUACAUCCACAGAUACACAUCCAAUUGACUCAAAUUAUGUCAAUUAGCCUAUCAGAAGCUUCCAAAGCCAUGACAUCAUUUUCUGGAAUUUUCCAAGCUGUUUAAAUGCACAGUUAACUUAGUGUAUGUAAACUUCUGACCAUCUGGAUUUGUGAUACAGUGAAUUAUAAGUGAAAUAAUCUGUCUGUAAACAAUUGAUGGAAAAAAUGUAUUGUGUCAUGCACAAAGUAGAUGUCCUAACCGACUUGCCAAAACUAUAGUUUGUUAACAAUACAUUUGUGGAGUGGUUGAAAAACAAGUUUGAAUGACUUUAACCUAAGUGUUUGUAAACUUCCGACUUCAACUAUAUAAGUGACUAACGUUGAUAUUUGUACUAGGUCUUGAAUCGGAUUUGUGCAACAAAUGCGAAAAAAUUACCAUACCGAAACAGUGCAGGGAAACUAAACCUAAGUAUGAAUUUCUGUCAUACCCUGUCCAUUGACUGCUUACAGGGUAAGGAAACCAAUAGGUAAUUUGUAAUUUGGGUGAACUUUAACACGUUUUUGCGUGGUGUUUCCACACCGAAGGCGCCUGGAAGUAGAUUUAGUGAUAAGGCCAACUAUUUCAGAUCUGCAGAAUCCCCCUUUGUUUCAAAUGGUCUACAAACAGGUCAGGUCAGAGAUAUUAUCUCAUUUUCAUCUGUUUUCAUUAUUACAUGCAAAUUUACCACUCAAGGCAUUCAGAUAAAUACAUCACACCCGGAGGUAGAAGUUCGACAUAAAGACGUGACAGAUAGACAAACAGAGAUCAGAGAUGGAUCUCAAAAGCAACGUUUCGAAGUACCUGGUUGUGUGCUGUGUGUCUAUGCUGCUGGGCCUGACCAUGGCGAAAGGAAAGAAGGGGACAAAUGAGAGGUGUAACGAAACACUGAUCAUCCCUUCAGACUACUACAAGAUUCCCACAGAGGAAUCAGAGGGAAAUGGGAACAUUCACACACGCUCUCUGUCACCCUGGACCUGGAAAAGCACUACAGUGGAGAACCGUCUUCCUCAGACCAUGUGGGAGGCCGAGUGCAGCUUUAUGUACUGUGACAACCCCACCAACAGCAGCCAGUACAUGCGCUACGGGCAGAACUCUGUACCUAUCUACCAGCAGGUCUUGGUACUCUACAUUUCAGCCACCAGGAAGUGCUACAGCGCCUCUUUCCUGUCUGUUGCCGUGGGGUGCACCUGUGCCUGGGCAAGGACUAGUUGAUGUA